UUCUCGGUUUCCUGCAUGCAUGCUGCAUGCUGGGUGGUGAACGCUUUGAGUUGCCUUGUCAGUGGAUGUUCGUUUGUUUGACAAAUGGCCCUGCUCUUUCCUCACUGAGGACCUGUUUUUGGUGCAUUGGAACGUGGAACAUGUUUGAGUUGUACAAUGGCAAUUGAAGGUUGCGAGAACCUACAUUUGCUGCACCAGGCAGCCAGACUCGAUGUAAAAGAGCUGUUACUUGAUACAUUGAGCCACGGAGAGAAUGCUAACUCGCUUGAUGGCUUAGGACGAACAGCGCUUCACGAUGCAGCUUUCCAAGGACAUGUCGAAUGCCUGAAGAUAUUGAUCGAGCAUGGAGGGGAUCCGAAGCACGUGAGCCCAGAUGGCCUGACUGUACUGCAUCGCGCUGCUUUGGGAGGGCAUAUGGAGUGUGUGAAGUAUCUUCUUGCCAUUGGCUGCAUCCCUUCUGACCGGGGCUCCAGUACGCUAACGCCUGCGCAGAGUGCUAAGAAUGAAGGGUAUCGAGGUGUUGCACGCUAUCUAGAUGAAAUUGCUGCUAACUAUGAGGCAAAGAAAGGGAAACAAAGAGAUCUCUAUGAUCUUAUUGUGACGUACUGUAACGACGGUGACUUGCUUGGCCUGGAGGAGAUCAUCAGCUCCGAACCUGGCAUUCUGGAUCAAGCUUUUGGCAAAGGAAGUGCUGAUGAAUCACUUUUACACUGGCUUUGCAGUGCUUGUCUGAGUUGCCGCUAUAGCAUUGUCACGUAUGCCACCAUCGAGGAAAUGCUCACUCUGCCAUCCAUGCCAUGUCACCUGUCAGCAUCGCCACUGUCAGUGUCACGCCAGUCACCAUUGCAUCUGCUCUGCGCCGCUCACAGUGCUCCUCACAAUCUAUAUCUGCUACAUGUUCUCCUGUGUCAUGCAGCUAUGCUCCGAUCAGCACAUCUUGCCGCCGUAGCUGCCCAAGACAGGCAUGCUGUUGAUGACUUGUUAUUGCUUCGAGAUGACCGUGGGAGAACUCCACUGCAUGUAGCUUUGGAGUCCGGUCAUCUUCUUGCGGUAUGUCAGAUGUUCUCCUGUGCUAUGCCAUCUGACUCGGAAUCCAGUGAUUCCAGAGCAUCCUGGCAAUCCCUCGUCCAUUCCUGGGCACAUGUUGCUGAUGACAAUGGACAGACCGCUUAUCAUGUGGCCGCUCGUCAAGCCAAGCAAGAAAUGCUGCGCAGUCUUCUCAGUGUCACCUGCAAGUCAGUCGAAUGCACGGUGAACGGCGGUUUGGAUGUUUUAUGCGCCAAGGGCUUCCCGCCACUUGUCACGGCUAUUCUUGCUGACAUGCCUGAAAACGCUGCCCUUCUCGUCAAGUCCGGUGCCAGUGUUACUCAACAGUGUGGACAACGACAACCUGCGCCGUCUGAACUCACAGAUGUGCAACUGCAGUGCCCUGGCUUUCCUCUGUAUCCAUGGCUGACCGCCUACUGUCAGGGCUAUCAUGCCCUGGCCUACGACUUGUUGACGACUGAUAUGAUCCGGGCAGUUUUGGAAGAUGACUCUGUGAUGGCUCAACCACUAUCUCCGACAAUCAUAUUCAUGUUGAACUAUCCAAGACUAGUCAGUGCGGGCGUUAACCAAGUAGACGAUGGGCAAGGCAAACUGAAGACCAGCUGGCUGGUGAAACUUGCCUGGAAGAACAUCGGUCUGCGCUUGCUUCGACCGGACUGGGCAAGAAUGAUUGUCGACGACCAUUCAAUAUCGAGGUCGAACGAUUACCAGCUGUUAACUCACCUGGACAUUUCCAAGAAUAGGCUGACAUGUCUUGAUGGUGCUGUGCUAUCAUCUCUGCCCAGUCUGAUGGUGUUGGACUGUUCUCACAAUCAUCUAACAGAGCUACCAGAGUUUCCCAAUGCCCAGCAAGGUGGCGGUGGUGAUGGUGGUGGCUUGAACAUCAAGCAGCUAGUUGCCAGUGGUAACCAGUUACGGUUCCUGCCUGACAGUCUGUUUGAAUUGCCUGCAAUCACCCGUAUUGUUGUGUGUAACAAUUCAUUGGAUGCUGUGCCGGAGUGCGUGUGGACCGCACCGAAGCUCUCAUCACUCCAGCUCGACUUCAACCUCAUCUCAUCCUUUCCAGAUCCACCUCUUUGGCGUCCUGUUUGCUCCGGUGGCUAUGGUGAGAAUAACCGUGAUGUGACACAGAAUGAAGCUGCUGCUGCUGCUGCUGCUGCAGUGCUGCCAAGUGGAUAUCAAUCUCUCCCUGCCCGUGUUCAUGGCACUGUUCGUCAGCAGAAUGUCACCAGGACGAGAAUAGCAGUUGCCAGCGCUACUGCAGCUUCAUCCCCGCCAUUACCCAGAGCUAGUGCUUCGCUCUAUCCGUCGGCAUCUAGCCGCCAUCGUGCAAUCACUGCCCAGAGAGUGGUGUGCGCUAAUGAUGCAUUGAGCGACACCACAUCCACUGUGACACCACCGCAAGACUCGUCCAGCAAGAGUUGGUCUUUUCUGUGUGCCAGUUGGCGCUCCAGAAGCUAUAAGAGAAGGCAAGCACACCCUGGCUAUGGUAUUCGCAGCAAGCAGGUACUGGAUGAUCAGUUGUUGGACUCGGAUCAGAGUACAGUGGGUAUGGAUGUGCAAGUCCACACACAUCCACUCUUCUCGCCGCUGCUUAUCUUGAGCUUGUCUCACAACCGCUUGAAACACGUACCCAGGGGUUUGUCUUGCUUUGCUCCUCACAUGCGCCGACUCAACCUAUCCUACAAUCCUCUCUCCUCGUUUGCUAGCAUAAGUGCAUAUCCGUCUUCGCUUGAAGAUUUGAAUCUGCACUGUUGUGAAAGCGCCGAGGUACGGUUCGGCAUCAUGCCCGAAUCACUCUUCUCCAACCCGAGUGGUGCUUGUUUUUGUCGCGCUGGGGUAGAGGUGCAGCCUAGCCUACGCUACUGCCGUAACUCUUCACACCGCCAGCUGCCGCUAUUGGAAAUGCUGGAUGUGUCUGGUAACAACCUUUCCUCCGUCGCGUUGGUUGACUGUCACUCUGCCAACGCUGCCAGCACAGACCCACUGCAUUCUGUUGUUACUACAAGUAGUGUUCAGGCUGCGUCAAGCAGUACUGCCGAAUCAUCGAGCACGGUAGAUGUGAUGCAUGCUACACCGCUGUUCCCUCGUCUGACCAACCUUGAUUUACACGACAAUUCUCUUCAUCAGGUGCCUGCCGGCAUUGGGCAACUUCGAGGUCUACGAUCUCUUCGUUUGGCCAACAACCGCAGGAUUCAAUCUUUGCCAGAUGAACUCGGCAACCUGCCACCAAACAACCUGUGCGAACUUGAUUUCAAAGGCAUUGAGUUGCUGGAUCCUCCAGCCACCAUCACAAACAAUGGAAUCUCUACAACACUAGCAUUCCUCAGAGGCCGUCUGAAAAAAUCGGUUCCCUAUCGACACAUGAAGCUAAUGCUUGUUGGUUUGGAGGACCAAGGCAAAACAUCACUGGUGCGCUUAUUGCGUCGGGAAGGGCAUGGCAAUGCAACGAUUCUCUCCACUGUUGGCGUGGAUUUGGGCAGUUGGGAGUGUAAGCCGCCUCGUCGUACUAUCUUCUCCAACCAAUCCGCUCUUCCAGUUCAGUUUAGCACAUGGGACUUUGCUGGACAGCGCGAGUACUAUGCCACUCAUCAGUGCUUUUUGACAAGUCGCUCUAUAUUCCUGGCUGUGUGGAAGAUCACUAGUGGCCCUGCAGGCUUGCUUGCCUUGGACGACUGGCUUCGCAAUAUCCAGGCCCGUGUGCCGGGAGCCACUGUGGUGAUCGUCGGCACACAUCUUGAUAAGGUGAAUGGUGGUUUGAGGCACUGUACGGAUGUCUGGUUGCCAGCGUUGCACAAACGCUACUUCAUCAAAUCAGCAGUGGCCACGAAUCAAGAGGAACACGGAUUUCCUCAUAUUGUCGCCGUCAAGUUUGUCAGCUGUGUGGGUUCUGGUACGAAUGUCGAUGAUCUGUGCGCUUGCAUCUAUGAGACAGCCUGUGCGAUUCCUUCGCUGAAACGAUCCCAGUCGAAGGAGAAGAUUGUUGAAGAACAGGUCCCUGCGUCCUACAUUGCUCUACAAGACGCUGUGUCAUCAUUUCGCUCCAGUUUACCAGGCAGCACGUUGCCAAUCUUGUCUGAUUCGCAAUUCAGGAAGCACUUCAGCUCCAUUGUGGGUGAUGUAGAUGAGCUGAAAGUGGCUGUGCGGUUUCUUCAUGACAAUGGUGUGCUACUGCACUUUGACGAUUCACGACUCAAGGAUUUCUAUUUCAUCGAUCCCCAGUGGCUUUGCGAUGUGUUGGCUCGUGUAGUGACUGUCCGUGAGGUCAUGCCCUUUAGCAAGGACGGCAUCUUGCCUAUUCGAAGUCUCAGUCACGUGUUCAAUAGUGUGAAGUUUCCAGCUAAACUGGCCAACGUCUGUGUCCAGCUUCUUGGGAAGUUUGAAGUUGCUAUCCAGCUGGAUCUUGAAACUCUUCUCAUUCCAUCGCAGCUACCUGAGUUGCCACCGGCACAAGCUAAGCUUGAUGGCCACUCCAGUAACUGGUCGGUACGUGGAUGUCAGUUUCAACGUGUCUACUUGAUGGUCUAUGUACCCAGUGGGUUCUGGCCGCUACUGAUCACACGGCUUCUGGCCAGCGAGUUGAAAGUGGACAUGUGUACGUAUGCAUCUUGCUUUGUGGACUUGACUGGUGACACCGUGCAUUGGCGUCUGUGGCGACGCGGUGUUCAGCUUGUCCUUGAAGAUACUCCCAUUGUGACCAUGGAGGAGGUCAGUGCUGCAGAUCUGUUCAAACACUUGGACACAACACCGGCCAGUGUUGUUGUGCAAAAUGGCUCUAAGUGGGAACCACUGGUACUACUGGACGCAGCACGCUGCUUACAUGUCACAGUGCUGGAUUUCAGAGCUAAGCAAGCCGCUGACACACCACCACCGCCAGUUUGCACUGAUGCAGCAGCUGCUGAUCACUCAUCUACGUCACUUGUUGAUGCUGACCAUUCAGUUGAUGCUGCUGCUGCCGCCAAUGAUGCUACGAACGAGCCAGAGCAGCAGGAUGAGGUGUAUCUGUUGCAGGCGAAGCUGCUGACAGAGUGUACGUACGCUAUAGACAGCCUGCUGAGUGACUGGUACCCAGGUAUUGGUGAUCGUAAUCGCUGCAUGUCCACCGGCACGCCGUACAUCACGCGCUGCCACAUAUGCCCAAUGUGUCGCGCUGACUUGACCGCACCGGGUAUUCUCUGGGAGAAUCUGCAGUCGGCCGUCCCCGCAACACAGCCAGUACCUGCGGGAGCGUUGGCGUGUCUUGCUGCUCCCGGCACUCCACCGCCAGUGGACGGCAUGGUAACGGUGUUCUUGCUAGAUCAGCUAGUAUCACUAGCGUGCCAUGGCUAUCAGGCCAUUCAAUGUCAUAAUCACGGUACAACCCCACUGGCUGAUAUGGCACCGGAUAUCAACUUCAGUGACUUCAAACGUGACACACUCAUUCCUUCGGCAAGUGUAAUCUGUGGUGAACUGCUCGGAGCAGGUUCCUUUGGAGAGGUGUUCCGUGGUACUGUGACAACUGAUCUUGGCCGUAAGGAUGUUGCCAUCAAGCGGUUUCAACGUGUUGAACAAUUGCAUGCAGCACAUAGUUCAGCUGAUGAGGAACUAAUUGCCAAUCAACUGCUGAGCAUCUCUGCUCCAUCGUCUACUGCCGACAGUUUCUGCUGUCUUCGACAAGAAGCAGCCGUCUUGCAACACCUGCAUCAUCAGAAUGUUGUUGCUCUUGACGGAGUGACCUUGAAUCCGCCUGCGCUUCUGUUGGAAUGGGCUCCGCAAGGCGCCUUGGAUUCGUUGGUGGCGUCCUUUUCCGGAUGCCUUGAUGAGAUGUAUGGAGCUGCAGCAAUCACCUUGACCUUGCCCCCAUAUAUACUCUGGCAGAUAUUACAACAGGUUGCAGCUGGCUUGCAGUACGUACACAACUUGUCUAUCAUCUACCGAGACCUGAAAGCUGAAAAUAUCCUAGUGUGGGCUAUUCCAUCUGCUGAAGAACUGGCCACAUCUUUGCAGGAGCCAUGUUCUCGCAGCGACACAUUCCGCAGCGCCGUUCAUGUGAAGCUGAGUGACUACGGCAUUAGCCGUGUGUCGGGAACGGGCAGUGUGCGCGGACUAGCCGGCACGCCUGGCUUCAUGGCGCCGGAGAUUGUGGCGCAUUCCGGCACAGAGGGUUAUACCCAACAGGUUGAUAUCUUCUCUUAUGGCAUGUUGAUGUAUGAGUUGAUGACGCUGGCACAUCCCUAUGCUGGUGUGAUCCCUAGCUACGUACAGAGCUUAGUACAGCGUGGUAUUCUGCCAUAUCCUACAUCAAGAGUAAUGAAUCAGCCAGUACAGCUACAACAUCUCAUGCUACACUGCACAGCUGCCGAGGCUAACACGCGUCCACAAACAAACAGUUUAGUUCAGUUGAUUCGCCAGCAGAGUGUGUUGUUUCUCGCUGAUGGCAUUCCUCUGCCCCAAGUCCGCAUGCAGCGUGUCAUUGACGUGAGCAUGAGUGUUUCGACUGAUCGUGCCUCGCCUGGCAAAGUAUGGCUGUUGUCUGGUGGACGGCGUUCUGGUGAAACCCAGUCGGUUCAUCGCAUUGCGUAUGCUGCUGCAACCGCUUCUACACAGGUUGAUGAGAUCCAGUUGCUGGAAAAGCUGGACACCGCCUACCUGUGCAGUACCGGUGCUUACAUGUGGACUUUCUCUCGCACUGGUCAUGUCUGUAUUGUGGACACCGAGACACUGACCGUCUGUCACAAGUGGAAUGUCAUCAGUAGCACACACCAGUCGCACGCCAGUCACCCAGACACCAGCGUACAGUGCGUACACUUUGUUCCUCGGCUAAACCGUGUGUUUAUCGGCCUCGGCAACGGUGUCCUACUGUCGUAUACUGCCAGCCUUGAUGACCUCAUCCAGUGCACUGAUGAUACUGAUGGAGUUAUCCAGCAAUCGCAUGACCCUGGUGAUGUCAUUCAGCAAUCACCUAACUCCAGUAAUGUCACCACGCCACGAUCACGCAGGCCCAGUGACGUCACUCAGCAGUCACAUGACCCCGGUGAUGUCAUUCAGGGUUCGUAUACUCCCGGUGAUGUCACACCGCGAUCUCGUAGAUCCAGUGGGAGUGCUAGUGCUCAGGACUCCAGUGGUGUCUUUCAACACUCCAGUGAGUCCGGUAAUGUUACAGAGCAGAGCAGAGCACUUGGAUCAAGUGAAGCUGUCGCUGAUCAGUCCAGCGUGUUCAGUGAGGCCUCUGAGCAGUCGUCAGAGUGUACUGAUGCCACCAUCACUCAACAAUCAAAUGAGCCCAAUGAUGAUGUCAUUCAGCCAUCACACGAGUCAUCACCUGGUCUCCUGGUGUCUGUGCUGCGCAGUGUGUUCCUGAUGGUUUCUGUGGAUGUAGGCAGAACAGCACGUGAUACACAGCUGUGGUGCGGCCAUGCCAAUGGUAUGAUUACCGUACUACGAGCACAAGAUAUGUGUGUUCUGGCCACACUGCAACAGUCGGAAUCCACUGCAAGUCCGUUGCCUCUUCGCACUGUUAUGUUGGCUGCACACGACACAUCGACAGUGGGUCACACCACCGAUCAACUAUGGACUGCUGCGUGUCCAAGUAGUCGUGUAUAUGGCUGGGCUACAUCAGCUACUGCAAGCAACUCACCCUGCAAUGUGGCUGUCAUUGACUGCUGUGCGGACAGUGACUUUCCUGACUCUGUUGUGAUCAACGACCUGAGUUGUGCAUCGGAUGUGCUUGUUGUUGCACUGAGCAAUGGCUAUCUAGUUGUUAUCAACACCUGUCAGCACUGCAUUGUACGCAAGGUCAGGCUACAUCCAGGCCCAAUGCAAUUUGUCCGCAUCAUGACGUUUGACAAUGAUGUGGACUUCAUCCGUCCGUCUGCGUGGUGUCUUCAUCGGCAAAGAGCGAGGAGUUGGCUACCUUUGUACCUGCAGGCACUUCAUGCUACAAACACAGCGGAGGGUGCGUUGUACAGAGCUGCGCCCAUGAUACUGACUGGUGGGCAUGGCCUGAAUGUUCCAACCAAGUGCCAACCCGUUUAUGGCAGCCGUGAGACGCGAGUGAACAACUCCUUCUUUGCUCUUGGGUUGUGGGAUGGCCGGAUGCUUCUCUCGCCAGAUUCCAAUUGAACUUUGGCCUCUGAGCAAAGCAGAAGUGUUGCCCUCACCAUCCAGUCUCUCUCUCUCUCUCUCUCUCUCUCUCUCUCUCUCUCUCUCUCUCUCUCUCUCUCUCAGUCAUUGUGACAUCUUCUUCACUGGCUUUUUUCUUUGCCUAGCGGUGUCAUAAUCUGAACGGUUCAGAUUAUUUUCAAAAAUGGCCAAGUUUGUUUCUACUGAGUUAGCGGUGUCAUGAAAUUAAAAUUAUUUUAUCCUUACUCCUUUGCCAAUAUCUGGUUACUCCAAUUGGCCUUGGCUCAUGGUCGAUGUUGAGCCAUUGUGCUCUUUCCUUCUACUAUUCAUAACUAGACUCCUGGUGGCGAGCCGCUGUGCUUUUUCAGCAUUCGGAUACUGCCGUCGUCACAGAAUUAUUAAUUUUUAGACAGACUUAGUUACCUCUUUUUCUCCUUAGACAUGUUUUGCCAGAUGUUAGCCUCCCUCUUCCUCUCGGUUGCUGCACUACAAUUCACAAUGUACAAACCAGGGUAUUAGCCAGAGCUUGGUAAUAUGACUCAGACUGUAUGUCUCACUGCUCAUCGCUUGGAGAAUUAUGCCGCAGUGGAUAUUAAUUAAACGUCUCGUGUACUUGUGCCAGCAAGACUUUCGAGAACUAAGACA